AUGCUUAAGGACAAUAAGAUCAAUAAGGUUAAACUGUUUGAUUCGGAUAAUUGGACCGUCAAAUACUUUGCCGGAACUGGCAUGGAAGUCAUGCUUGGUAUCCCAAAUAGCCAAUUGAAUCGAUUUAGCGACGAUUAUGACAAUGCCAAGGACUGGAAGGACAAUGUCACCAAACAUUUGCAUGAUGGUGGUGUCAAUAUAAAGUACGUGGCUGUUGGCAAUGAGCCAUUCUUGAAAUCUUACAAUGGCUCACAUCUGAAAACUACCUUCCCAGCAUUAAAAAACAUUCAGAAAGCUCUUGAUGCAGCUGGUGUUGGAGACAAAAUCAAAGCAACCAUCCCCCAAAAUGCGGAUGUCUACGACUCUGGUUCACAAGGUCCAUCUGCCGGUGAUUUCCGAUCGGACAUAAGGGACCUUAUGAUCGAUAUAGUUCAAUUUAUCAAAGACAACAAUGCCCCAUUUGUCGUCAACAUAUACCCCUUUCUCAGUCUGUACGGCAAUCCUGAUUUUCCUGUCGAGUUUGCUUUCUUUGACGGUGGUGCAGAACCUGUCAAUGACAAAGGUACUCAAUACACAAACAUGUUUGAUGCAAAUCUUGAUACAUUAUUUUGGUCACUCAAGAAGGCUGGUGCACCGAACGUGAAGACCAUCGUCGGGGAGAUCGGAUGGCCAAUCGGAUGGAAAUAUAAAUGCCAAUGCCAAAAUGGCUAA